GAUCACGUCAUUUCCGGCAUAGCUCCUUGGCUUGUUAUGAAAAAAUGGCGUCUGGGGCUGUUGUUGACGAUUCCUCAGGCAAAGACGCAAUUGCAGAGGGGAUGUAUAACAUCUUACAACCAGCCGUCCAGCAGCUGGACCUGCAUGUGCACUCAGUCAGAGAAAGCCAAGUGGAACUGAGAGAACACAUUGACAACCUUGCGUCAGAACUAUGCCGGAUAAAUGAACAUCAAAAAGUGGCUCUAGACCUGGACCCAUAUGUAAAGAAGCUUCUCAAUGCAAGACGAAGAGUCGUGCUCGUAAACAACAUUUUACAGAACGCUCAGGAACGUCUAAGAAGACUAAACCAUAAUGUAGCCAAAGAGACUGCGAGAAGGAAGACGAUGCUGGAGGCUUCAGGAGUGUUUAACACUCGCUCCCCCAGUAAACCCUGAGCGUCCACGUCCUCUGCCCAGCAAACACUGAAUUAACCAGAAAGUUUAGGGAACACACGACAUGUUGAUGUCUUGCAUUGCGUCAUCAGAUGUCGUAAUGCAAAUACACUCUGCUUUACCGUAUUCUAAAUCACACACAAGUGGUUGUUUUGUCUCAUGAUGAAGGCAUUUUUUCAACGCUCUCCAGCACGUUUAUAGAAUCUUUUGACAUAUACUACUUUUAUGAAUAAGAACUUUAAAGGAGGCUACUGAAAACUCUUAAUUAUGCAACACUCUUCCCCUUUAGUGCUAUUCCAGUUAUUUAUGAAUGUAUAUCAACAUGUUUUAAUAAUUUUGCCGUCUGUGUAUAAACUGUUCAAGUGGACUGUU